CCACACAUGGUGUUGUCAACCACACGACAUUGAAGGUUCAACAAGCAGCUGUUUUUGCCGCAUCUUUUAGGUGUCUUUGUUGUGAGUGUGGUGGCAUAUGCUGGUUGGUCUUCUCUUUACAAACCAGCUUGUAGGAGGCAAUGGGAUUUGAUGACUGUCGGAGUAUCCAAGUAGAUAGCGACAGAGCGACCCAUCAAAUAUAUCCAGGCACACAGCUGCUUCCCCCAAAACGAGAAGACACAACGGAUAAGUAAGCAAGCUAGCAAACAAGCAAGGAAUAAUAAGAUUCAUUGACCAGCAUUGUAGGAGUUUAUUUCCCAAGACUUCCAUCAUAAAUAUUUCAUAAUAUCACAAUAGCAAACAAAGAUGAUGAGAACUACAAACGCUUUCCUGGCAACGGUAUUAUUGGUUGGCUCCGCUACCUCCUUUCAAUUGAAGCCUUCUGUGGUGCCCAGCAACAGCAUUGGUAGUAUCAGACCAAAGAACAAUCCUUAUGCCAACCUGUACUACAAUCCCUCGCAACCGCAACCAAUCGACAACCACGAUGUGUCUCUCUAUGUCACCUUCCUCCCGGACGACAGUCACGACUCCAAUUCUCCCUUUUUCUUUCGAGCUCCCUUUCCUGCGGAGAUCCCCGCGGUCCCUUCUCCCUUUACCGACAAAGUGACCCAACACGAAGGAAGCAGCACGGAAGGCAAACUCUUGUGGGAACCUCUCUUGGAAUCCUACUGGGGACCGCGGAUUGUCCUCAUGGCCAUUGCGGCCAUUUACGGCACCAACUUUCCUCUCGGGGCCAUUAUGAACGACGCGCUCCCCGCUUCGGCCGCGACGUGUGCGCGCAUGGUCUUGGCAUCGUUGGCACUGUCGCCCUUUAUCCCCAAGAUAUCCCCGCAUCUGCGCAUGCCCGCAAUUCUCUGUGGUUGUGCGACUGCCUUGGGGUAUGUCACACAAUCCGUGGCGUUGAUCGAUACCGAUCCUUCCAAAGUGUCCUUUCUGGGGGCGGCCACGGUCCUUUGGUGUCCCGUACUGGAAUGGCUCGUCGAAAAGAAACCCAUGGGAUGGAAGGACGCGCCACAAACCUGGUUGGCCGCCAUGCUGUGCAUGGCCGGUGUGGGAUGUUUGGAAUUGUGGGGUGCUACCGAUGGCAUGACGGCCGGUGUGGGCAAGGGAGAUUUGUUGGCACUCGUCCAGGCUAUUGGAUUUGGAACGGGUUGUUUCAUGAGUGCGCGCAUGGUGCAGAAAGAACCUGAUCAAGUCUUGCCCAUUACAUCUGUGUUGGUUGCCACUACGGCCUUUUGGUCCAUGCUCUGGUGUUUCAUGGAUGGAUGGGUCGGCCAACCCGGAUACGAAGCCAUUGCGUUGCCCGGGCUCUUGUUUGCCGAUGGAUUUCAAACGGUGGCUGCCGCCGUUGUUUGGACCGGAUUGAUUUCCACAUCGCUCAACUUUGUUAUUGAAAUCUCGGCUCUGGGGCGAGUCCCGCCUUCGGAAGCAUCCGUCUUGUUGGCCAGUGAACCGCUGUGGGCGGCAUUGUUGGCCGCCACUGUCUUUGGGCAGUCGGAAUUUGGAAUGAACGAUUACGUCGGAGGAGCCUGCAUCUUGGCGGCAUGUCUCGCCAAUGCCGUUCUUAAACCAUCCGACUUUGAACGACUGCCACCCUGGUCGUGGGCUGCUGACAACAAAAACAACAAUAAUGAGCAAGAGUUGGUUGUGGUGGAUGUGGAAUUCACGGGCAUGAGCAUGAACGCGACAAGGGCAUGA